AUGGUAGUCGGCAAGGUCCUUGUAGUCUCCAACCGACUUCCAGUAACCAUCAAGCGUUCUGACUCCGGCUCCUACGACUACUCGAUGUCUUCCGGGGGUCUAGUCACCGCACUUCAAGGGUUGAAGAAGUCAACAGAAUUUCAGUGGCUAGGCUGGCCUGGUUUGGAAGUACCUGCGGACGAACAGGAGAGAGUCAAUUCCGACUUGAAGUCGAAGUUUAACUGUACAGCCAUCUAUUUAAGUGACGUUAUAGCUGAUUUGCACUAUAAUGGCUUCUCCAAUUCAAUCCUUUGGCCGCUUUUCCAUUACCAUCCGGGUGAAAUGAACUUUGACGAAAACGCCUGGGCUGCUUAUAUCGAAGCCAACCGCCAGUUUGCCGUAGAAAUAGCAGGCCAGGUCAAUGACAACGAUAUGGUAUGGGUGCACGAUUACCACUUGAUGCUCUUGCCUCAGAUGUUGCGGGAAGAAAUCGGCAACAGAAAGAAGAAUAUCCGUAUCGGUUUCUUCUUACACACGCCGUUUCCAUCGUCAGAAAUAUAUAGAAUUUUGCCCGUAAGAAAAGAGAUCUUGGAAGGUGUUUUGAGCUGUGACUUGAUCGGCUUCCACACCUAUGACUAUGCCAGACACUUCUUGUCUUCAGUAUCGCGUAUUGUAGCCGACGUGACUACUUUACCCAAUGGAAUUGAGUUCCAGGGAAGAUCUAUCAGUAUUGGGGCUUUUCCCAUCGGUAUCGACGUCGACAAGUUCACUGAGGGCUUGACCAAACAGUCGGUUAUCGACAGAAUCAAGCAGUUGAAGUCCCGCUUUGGUGACACCAAGAUUAUCGUGGGGGUAGAUCGCUUGGAUUACAUCAAGGGUGUCCCCCAGAAACUCCACGCAUUCGAGGUUUUUUUGGAAGAAAACCCAGAAUGGAUCGGCAAAGUAGUCUUGGUCCAAGUUGCAGUGCCUUCUAGAGGCGACGUAGAGGAGUACCAAUCACUCAGAGCUACUGUUAACGAGUUGGUAGGUAGGAUAAAUGGGAAGUUUGGAACCGUGGAAUUUGUACCUAUCCAUUAUAUGCAUAAGUCCGUGCCCUUUGACGAGUUGAUAAGCUUGUACCGUGUGUCUGAUGUCUGUCUUGUCAGUUCUACAAGAGACGGAAUGAACUUGGUUUCUUACGAAUACAUCGCUUGUCAGCAGGAAAACAACGGGGUAUUGAUAUUGUCUGAGUUCGCUGGUGCUGCGCAAUCGUUGAAUGGAGCUAUCAUUGUCAAUCCAUGGAAUACAGAAGACUUGAGCAUUUCUAUCAAGGAAAGCUUGACGUUACCAGAAGAAAAGAAAGCUAUCAACUUCAACAAGCUCUUCACUUAUAUCUCCAAGUAUACUUCCGGCUUCUGGGGUGAAAGCUUCGUCAAAGAAUUGUACAAAUGCACAUCUUGA